GACAUUGCUGAUUUGCAUCUCUCACUCAAGCAAGGCAAAGCAAACCAUCAGGCAUAGUAGUAAUUCCCUAAGCAAACCAACAGCAAUGGCAUACGUCAACCGCCCCUACGGAAACAACUACUAUGAGGCUGAGAGAGAGGUCAUCCGUGAAGGUCCAUAUGGUUCCUACGCAGCUGACUACAGGGUGGACGAAUAUGGAAACCGCAUCCACCACCACCGCAAUGGCUUGGGAAACGUCGUAACUGAGAUUGUGAGUGAAGUCCCUGCUCACCACCACCACCACCACCAACACCUUGGUGUACCAGGUGAGAUCGUUGAAAGGAGGGAAGAGCGUAUUGUUGAUGCCGCUUAUGAUCCAUACAGGAGGAUGUACUAAGGCUUGAAACCUUCAUGACCCUUACAGUAUUAGUAUAAUAAGAUGUCCCCUUAGCCUCUAGACAUAGGCUAGUUGCUACGGGAUGGUAUUCGGUACAAUGUGUGCUUAUCUACCUCGUAAUGUAACCUACUGUUGUUUGACUUUGUAUCUCGGUUCCAUUAUAUAGUUAUAAUAUAUGGUGUUUGCUUUCUAAAACAGGGAGUCAUUUCCUGUUAAUUGA